AUGUCAAAUUUGAAAAACAUCGAUAAUCAGCUUUAUGACAUAUGUGUCUUAGGUACCAAGAAUUGUGGUAAAUCUUCAUUAAUCUUGGAAUAUAUCCACGACAAUUAUGAUGGUGGUUUUUCUGAUAAUGAAGAAGUUCAUACAAAAGUCAUCAGGAAAGAUGGGAAUUACACUGAGAUUUCCAUUCUAGAUACAAAUUCUAGUCAAGAUAAUUAUUCAACUUCUCGGAAGAUCCAACUUAUUAAUAAUUCUGCCAUUAUUUUUGCAUAUGCUAUUGAUGACAAAAAUUCCUAUUUUGAAAUGGUAGAAUUAUAUGAAAGAGUUUGUAACAUUCGGGAUAUCCUACCUCCGAUAUCUGUUGUAGGGUUAAAAUGUGAUCUUGAAGAUGAAAGACAAGUGGAAUACGAAGAAGGUGAAGAAUUUGCUAGUUCCAUUAAUGCUGUUUCUUUUGUAGAGACAAGUUCGACUAUGGGUGUUAAUAUUGAAGAUGGGUUUCAACCUUUAGUCGAUAUCAUUAUGAAACAUAAAUUCGAACAUAGAAGAAAAUCUACCACCUUAAGAGCUCAUGAAGUUUCAUCUUUCCAAUCAUUAAGAGAGAUGUUAAACAGUCCUUCAUUAACAGGUGAUGAUUUGGAUAUGAAAAAUCCUCCCAGGUCACCUCAUGAUAGCACCUUAAGUCCUAUCAACUCCCUUACCACUGCUAGAGAGCUAGACUUCGAAAACAUGAAUAUUGAAAUUCCUAACUUCAAAAGUAACUCUUUUACUGAGAUAUCAAAGAAACCUUCCAUUGAAGAUUUAGCUCCUGAUGCUUUACCCAAGCAGAAAUCUGCCCUAAAGACUGUGAAGUCAGUACAGAGAACCAAAUCUGUCCAAAAAUCCGUCCAAAAAUCUGUCCAAAAAGACAGAAAAUCAAAACCUUCAUCGGAAAAACCUCCUCAUAGUCAAUCUGGAUGUUGUGUGAUUGUCUAA